CGGUUUCACUGAGAGGAAAGUGACAGAAGCCGUGCAGAGGGAGGCGCAGAGAGAGAGCGGAGCGCCGGGCAGCCACCCAGUCUCGGGGGAGCGCUCAGCUCCCCCACCCCCGGCUCCCACCCUGUCCGGGGGCUUCUCAGGCCCUCAGCCCCACUCCCAGGCUCCCCAUGGAAGCCAGCUGUGCCCCAGGAGGAGCUGGAGGAGGAGGAGUCGGCUAAAUGCUCGCGGUGCGCCCGGGGCCCCAGAGCCCAGCCAGCUCCGCGCCUCUGCCCUAAGGCCCCCGCGCCCCCAGAGCCCCCCGCGCCCCCUACCCGGGGCUGCGCCGCCUGCGCCCGCCCCUCCCCGGGGCUUCGCCCCGGACCUGCCCCCCGCCCGCUAGCCACUGCUCAGGCAGGAGCUCUGGGCCGGGUGCGCCGCCGCCCUGGAGUAAGGGAAGAGCAGGCGAAGAGGGUCUCCGGAGCCGGCCGCGAUGGACGCCGUCUUGGAGCCCUUCCCGGCCGACAGGCUGUUCCCCGGAUCCAGCUUCCUGGACCUGGGGGAUCUGAACGAGUCGGAUUUCCUCAACAAUGCGCAUUUCCCUGAGCACCUGGACCACUUCGCGGAGAACAUGGAGGACUUCUCUAAUGACCUGUUCAGCAGUUUCUUUGAUGACCCUGUGCUGGACGAGAAGAGCCCUCUACUGGACAUGGAACUGGACUCCCCCACACCAGGCAUCCAGGCUGAGCAUAGCUACUCCCUGAGCGGUGACUCGGCACCUCAGAGCCCCCUUGUGCCCAUCAAGAUGGAGGACACCACCCAAGACGUGGAACAGGAAGCAUGGGUGCUGGGACACAAACUGUGCUCCGUCAUGGUGAAGCAGGAGCAGAGCCCGGAGCUGCCCGUGGACCCUCUGGCCGCCUCCUCAGCCAUGGCUGCUGCUGCUGCCAUGGCCACCACCCCGCUGCUGGGCCUCAGCCCCCUGUCCAGGCUGCCUGUCCCCCACCAGGCCCCAGGAGAGAUGACUCAGCUGCCAGUGAUCAAAGCGGAGCCCCAGGAGGUGAAUCAGUUCCUCAAAGUGACACCAGAGGACCUGGUGCAGAUGCCUCUGACGCCCCCCAGCAGCCACGGCAGCGACAGUGACGGCUCCCAGAGUCCCCGCUCUCUGCCCCCCUCCAGCCCUGUCCGGCCCAUGGCCCGCUCCUCCACGGCCAUCUCCACCUCCCCCCUUCUCACCGCCCCUCACAAAUUACAGGGGACAUCAGGGCCGCUGCUCCUGACAGAGGAGGAGAAACGCACCCUGAUUGCUGAGGGCUACCCCAUCCCCACGAAGCUCCCCCUCACCAAAGCCGAAGAAAAGGCCUUAAAGAGGGUCCGGAGAAAAAUCAAGAACAAGAUCUCGGCCCAGGAGAGCCGCCGCAAGAAGAAGGAGUACGUGGAAUGUCUAGAAAAGAAGGUGGAGACAUUUACAUCAGAGAACAAUGAACUGUGGAAGAAGGUAGAGACCCUGGAGAAUGCCAACAGGACCCUGCUGCAGCAGCUGCAGAAACUCCAGACUCUGGUCACCAACAAGAUCUCAAGACCUUACAAGAUGGCCGCCACCCAGACUGGGACCUGCCUCAUGGUGGCGGCCUUGUGCUUCGUUCUGGUGCUGGGCUCCCUUGUGCCCUGCCUCCCUGAGUUCUCCUCCAGCUCCCAGACUGUGAAGGAAGACCCCGUGGCCGCUGACAGCGUCUACACAGCCAGUCAGAUGCCCUCCCGGAGCCUCCUGUUCUACGAUGAGGGGGCAGGCUCGUGGGAGGAUGGCCGCAGUGCCCUGCUGCCUGUGGAGCCCCCAGAUGGCUGGGAGAUCAAGCCGGGGGGGCCGGCAGAGCAGCGGCCCCAGGACCACCUGCAGCUUGACCACCUGGACAGCACCCACGAGACCACCAAGUACCUGAGUGAGGCCUGGCCAAAAGACGUCGGUGGAAAUGGCACCAGCCCCGACUUCUCUCAUCCCAAGGAGUGGUUCCGUGAGAGGGAUCUGGGCCCCAAUACCACCAUCAAACUCUCCUAGGCCGUGCCAAGACCCAGGACACAGGACGUACCCCCUGGCGCCCAGAAGAGGGGUGGUCUUGCUCUCUAACCCGGAUCCAGCUUGUACCCCUGCCCCCUGGGCUCCCAGCCCAGGAGAAGGGGUUCCACUUUUCCCCAGACCUUCUUUGCCCCAAUCUUUACCAGGGCCUUUCCUUUCCCCACCACAAUCGGACUGUUCCCUUGGGCUGACCACUCUGUUCUCACCCCACCCUCCCACAACCAUCCGUCCUUCUCAGAUAAACCACUCACUGGGCUAACCCCUUCCUUUCUCAUAAUGACCAACACGACCACUGCCUCCCUGCCCCCCCCACAAACAUACACAUCAACAUACCGACAUACACACACACACCCCUCACCCCCGCCCCACUGUACAGAGACCAAGAACAGAAAUUGUUUGUAAAUAAUGAACCUUAUUUUUUAUUAUUGCCAAUCCCCUAAGAUAUUGUAUUUUACAAGUCUCCAUCCUCCCUUCACCCCUCCCUUGUUUUAUAUUUUAUGAAGUUAGUGCGGGCUUUGCCGUUCCCUGGCCCUCUCCUGGCCUCCCCUGCUGCUGCCCAAGCCGCUGGGCCUUUUUAAUUGCCAAACUGCUUCGUCCAUCAGCUCAGCACAUGCUUUAAGAAGGCAAAAGUAAAAAAAAAAAAAAGAUGCAGCAUCAA